AUGAGAUACAUCGCCGCUUACAUGCUCGCUGCAAUGAGUGGAAAGCACCACGUGACUACCUCAGAUAUCGAGAAUAUUCUGGGUUCAGUUGGCGUUGACUGUGAUCAUGAUAUGGCGUCGAAAAUCAUCGACAGUAUGCACGGCAGGGUGGUCGAAGACGUGAUUGCGGAAGGGUCACAAUAUCUUUGUGCGGCAGCUGCUGGAGGUGGUGCAGCAGCAGCUCCGGCCGCUUCAGCAGCAGCAGCAGCCUCUGCAGGUCAAGCUGCGGCCGAAGAGAAAAAGGAAGAGAAGAAAAAAGAGGAGAAAGAAGAGGAAUCCGACGAGGAUAUGGGCUUCGGUUUAUUCGAUUAA